AUGAGCACUCUUAAUCCUCAUAAACCAUUCAAAGUCAAUUAUUUUGGUCAGAAUAAGCAGGGGAGCGACAUAAAGCAUUCCAGAGAUUUUUAUACUAGACGCCAUUCUUUGAAGCUACGCACUGAAAUAGAUCCAUAUUACCAGAUCGUCAGAGAUAUUGGACUUUGUAGCGAUUCGGAAUUCAAGGACCACUAUUUGUCGCCUCAGGUACUAGAUAGUGAAGAUAUGGACGAGACUGACGACGACAUUGACGAAGAGCGGGAGGACAAAGAUCAGAAGAGUACUAUAGAAGAUGAACAAGAGGAAAUAGAUAAUCUUUACAGGCAAAGAACUUCAUUAACUGACAGAGUUGGCGCAGUCAAGAGUCUUAAGAAAGAAAUUACCUCAUCUCAAUCGGGCAGAGGAUCUAUUUCGAAUCAACCAGUGGUGAGCGAGGCUAAUAACGAAGCAAUUAGGUCACCGAAUACAUCUACAAGGAGAAAUAAGAAAGCUCCUCUGCUGCGAAUUCUGCAUUUGGGUACACGCAUAAGGCACAGUAAAAAAUACCAGGACUCAGUUGCUAGUGACAAGUCUGCAACCUCCUUGCAAAGGCCGGAAGGUAACCUCCAAGUGGAUACUGCUCUACAGAAUACGAAAGCUGGAGGGGUAGGUGAUAGGCGGGGAGCAUUUAUGAGACAACAUUCGUAUGGAAAUACACAAAUCGGCCAGAUUUACCAACAAAAUCAAUUCAUGGCAUCAGGGACAAUCGAAACGGGUGAGGAAGCCAGUAAAAAUAAAGGGUCACAGGCGUUGGAUAUGAUUUCUAUUCGGACAGACUCGAUUGCCUCCGGUGUUCUUGAAGAUUUUAAGGGGAAAGCUGAUGAAUGGGAAAUAGAUAGAGCAAUUCGAGACAAGGAUCACAGCCGUUCGCUUUCUCCAUCAUCCAAAUGGCAGCUCCAUAAAAUCAAGAAAAAGCCCCUGCAAUCAUCUCAAGGUCAUUCAGGACAGAAAGCCUCACCAAACAUGUCGAAUUUAUCGGAAUAUUUUGUUUUAAAGAACGACGAACUGAAUGAUAUCACCCUGAAGCAUCGUUCUGGCAGACAGGAGCCUCCAAGCCGGCAAGAUCAGUUAAGUUCAAGCCAAUCUAUGCAAAGAACUCACUUUUUGCAGCCUUCUUCAUCUCGUCAGACCCAGGAUCUGAUUCCUGAUCCGGUUUCGGUCCAAGGACCAACUGAAAAAAAACCUAAACAAACUAUAUCGGUGCUACGACAAAAACGUGUCUCCCCCGAUCAGCAUAGCCAGAUCCUCAACCGCUCCCGGCCUCGCAGAGUUGGCAGAAAUGCGAGUGAUGAUAUAGGUUCUUCAAAGGUACCCUCAGAUACUUCAUUAAUUACUGUCGUCAUGCUAGAGGGCAAUGAUAAGAUGCCAACCUUGAUUCGAUCACGUAGCAUUCAUGAUCCUACUUCUGCUCAAUCAGAAUCAGAUAUUGAUCCAGAUUUCAAUGUCAAUCAAACAGAAAAGCCACAAAUUAUUUUGUCAGACCCUAUUUCUAAAAGAUCUCACAAUUCUUCUGCGGCUAAACCUUUAUGUGAGUCUCUUUUUCCACUAUUAACCUCUUACUUUCCUGCUCUAUUCGUUAUCAAAUUUUGGGGCAAGAGGGGCUAUUUUACAAAUUUCAAGUUAAGCAAGUUACUUAUGAGCUUGAAAAUAUCAUGA